GCUCACCCUGACCUUGCUCGCCAUGCAAACUAUGCGGAUUUAAAUGAAUGGCCACAAAUGACAUAGGACCACAGAAUACUAUAGGACACUUCUUAGUAUUUAUUUUAUAUAGCUACUUAGAUAGCUUAGGCGUAGACUGUGGCUAUGUAUUACAGUAGUUAGUUGCCGAACACCUUUACAAAUGAAAUGGAUCGCGCUGUGAUUACUGAAAGGCUAAAGUGGCGAAUGCUCGUAGUUUUCUGAUUGUCUCUGUGAUCUUACCUGUCAGGGAGAAAUUGGGAGUAGCUUGCAAGUUCAGUUCAGUUGGAAGCAAGCUAACUUAAACUAACGUUACAAGUAGCUAGCUAAGUAGCUAGUCGGCGGUGCAAUUAAGAUACGGGACGAAAACAGGACCAUUCAUCGACAUCAUGAGGGACGUCGAGAUUAACAUUAAGGGCAUGGUGUCCGCCCAUACCAUCAUAGCUUUCUCCAUCUUCAUAGCGACGCUAAUGCCGCAUUUCUUCGUGGAGAAUUACUCUGUGUACGGGACCCAUUUGGCCUGGUUGUAUUCCGUGUCUGGAUCUGUGGCUGUCGUUAACAUCACCAUCUUCUGGUUGCUUGGCAUCAGUCCGCCCACCAAGAAACACACGUUGAGUUACAAGGUGUCCAGAUUGGUCAAAUCCUGUCUGCACUUCGUGGCGUCCUGCUUGUUUUUCCAUCUUGUGCUGGUUCUUUACGGUGCAACCCUGUUGGAGGCAGCGCUGGAGACCUUCUCCCUGGCGGUGCUGCUGUCCUGCUUCACCACGCUCCGGUGUCUGUGCGCCCUGGGCCCCAACGUGCAGGCCUGGAUCCGGGUCUUCAGCCGCGACGGGGCGAUGUCAAUCUGGGAUACCUGUCUCCAGAUAACGACGGCCGGCACGCUGAUCGGAACCUGGCUGGGAGCAUUUCCCAUCCCGCUGGACUGGGACAGACCCUGGCAGGCGUGGCCCAUUUCCUGCUCCUUGGGGGCCACCUUCGGGUUCCUGAUGGGCCUCCUCGUGGCCCCUGGCUGGAUCUACUGGCACCGCAAGCAGCUGACCUACAAGUGCAAGUAGACGGGGGCGAGGCGGGCGGAGACGGGGGCCCCGCGGCCCCAGAAGCGACGGGACGUUCCACUGUGACUCAGCAUACCGAAGAGGGCUUUGAAAAUCAAAGCCAAAAUUCCAUUAUGCAAAAGAAAACGGCUAAAAAGAACAUAUAUUUUUGGUCUAUAUUUAAGAGAAGCAGAACUGCAGUUUUUUUUUGUACAUAUUUAUACUGCUGUGUAAAUCAGGAAGUUGAUGGGGAAUCUUUCAGCAGAGUUGUUCACAGGGCUGCUGAGUGUGUUACUAUUUCUUCUUUGUUUUAAGGUGUUGGGACAAGGAUAAUGGGGGACGUGUUAAUAAAAAAUAGUAUUAUAAAUGUUGUUUCUGAGGAAAAUAAAAGUCUUCGGUACGGUGUUGA